AUGCUGUCCCUCACUAUCCCCCGUGCUGCUCUCCGGUCGGCGACGGCUCCUCGCCAGUUUGCUGCCGCCGCUACGUCGGUGCGCUACUCGUCGACGAAGUCUCUUGCUGAGGCUGUCGGCGAAAUUGUGCCUGCCAAGCGUGAACAAUUGGCCCGCAUCAAGUCGCAGUACGCCGAGGCUCCUCUUGGCCAGAGCAACGUUGGCCACCUGAUCGGUGGUAUGCGUGGCCUUAAGUGCAUGCUCUGGGAGGGCUCGGUUCUGGACGCCGAAAGUGGUAUCACCUUCCACGGUAAGAGCAUCCCUCAGUGCCAGAAGGAGCUGCCCACCGCCAAGGACAUUGGCCGCCCUGGUGAUGAGAUGCUGCCCGAGUCGAUGCUCUGGCUUCUGCUGACCGGCAAGGUGCCGACGGCUGAGGAGGCCAAGGGCCUCUCGCAGGACCUCAUGUCCCGUGCCAAGCUCCCUAGCUUCGUGGAGAAGGUGAUUGACACGUUCCCCAAGUCGCUUCACCCCAUGACGCAGUUCUCGGCUGCUGUGUCGACGCUGAACCACGACAGCAAGUUUGCUGCCGCUUACAACGCUGGUGUGAAGAAGACCGAGUUCUGGCAGCCUACCCUCGAGGACACGCUUGACCUGAUUGCUCGUCUCCCUGCCAUUGCCGCCCGCAUCUACUUCAACGUGUUCGGCAAGGGUGAUGGCAAGCAGCACGUUGACCCCAGCAUGGACUUUGCCGAGAACUUCUCGCACAUGCUCGGCUACGGCGACAAGGAGGGUCUGACGGACUACCUCCGUCUCUACCUGUCUGUGCACGGUGACCACGAGGGUGGUAACGUGUCGGCUCACACGUGCCACCUGGUCGGCAGUGCGCUCUCUGACCCUUACUUGGCCUACGCCGCCUCGCUGAACGGUCUGGCUGGUCCUCUGCACGGUCUUGCCAACCAGGAAGUGCUCAACUGGAUCCUUGAGGUCCAGCGUGAAGUGGGUGACUCGCCCACGGACCAGCAGGUCACGGACGCUCUCUGGGCUACGCUCAAGAGUGGCCGCGUUGUGCCUGGCUACGGUCACGCUGUCCUCCGUCAGCCCGACCCUCGUUUCACGGCUCUGUACGGCUACUGUGACAAGCGUGCGGAGUUGCAGAGCUCGCCUACCGUCAAGCUUGUGCAGCGCAUCUCGCAGCUCGCCCCGCCUGUGCUCAAGGAGCACGGUAAGACCAAGAACCCCUUCCCUAACGUGGACGCUGCCUCGGGUGCGCCGCUCUACACGUACGGCCUUGACGAGUUCAAGUUCUACACGGUUCUCUUUGGUGUGUCGCGUGCUUUCGGUGCCCUGCCCCAGCUCGUGUUCGACCGUAUCCUUGGUCUUCCGAUCGAGCGCCCCAAGUCGCUCUCGAUGGACGCUCUUGAGCAGCUUGUGAAGAAGUAA